AUGUUCAAAGUAGUACGUUGUCACUACCCCUGCCCUAAAUGUAAUAAGAUUUACAGCCACUACGCGUCGAGGUACAGGCACGUCAAGUACGAGUAUUGCAUGUACCGACCCUUAGGCCAGCGCAAAUCGUUCGAGUGCCUAAUGUGUGGAAAGUCGUACAAAUUCCGGCAGUCCCUCUAUAAACAUAAAACUUUCGAGUGCGGCAAGCCGCCCUCCUUCAAGUGUCCCUACUCGUACUGCUCGUACAAAGGCCGAAGAAAAUCGCACCUAGACUCGCACAUCCGGAGCAGCGUGUUUUUUUUGUCGGAGCGUUUGUCUGAAGUGUGUCUGACUGCUCUAUUUUUAGGACCGCAGAGGCAGAGUUGCCCCCGCUGCUUCAAGUCCUACAAGUACAAGUACCACUUGAACAGCCACAUCAACUACGAGUGCGGGAAAGAGCCCAGGUUUCAGUGUUUCAUUUGUUUUAAGAAGUUCCACCAGAAGUAUAACUUGAACGCGCACAUGAAGAGCCACCAAGUCUACACCUUCCUUGGUCCGUUCAACUGCCCCAGUUGCCAGAAGCAGUACGCUCGGAAGUCCUCUCUGAGAAACCACCGGCAGUUCGAGUGCGGCAAAGAACCCACGUUCUUCUGCGACUCUUGCCCGUACAAGACUAAGAUCAAAGGGAACUUUCGCCGCCACACUCAUAUUUAUAAGUACGCGAUGGGGCUCGUUUACCCCUGCACCAGAUGUGGGAAACCGUACAAGUCCAGGAAAGCGAUGAUGACGCAUUUAAAGUUCUCCUGCGAGAAUCAUCGCAGCUUCUUGUGCGGCUUGUGCAACGCUGCUUAUUUUUACAAGCACCACUUGCAGAGGCACAUGAAGCAGCACCAGAAUGUCUAUAAGUUUUUGUUUACAAAGGAGGCCCAGAGGUCUGGGGGAGUUUCAGUGUCAGUGCGGGCGGAGUUACUACGAAAGAAAAAAUUUGCUGAGGCAUUAUCGCUACAAAUGUUCUGCUAUGACGACCAAACAAAGCGACGUAAAAAGGUCCUGCCUACGCUUUCUGAAGUGGUGAAGAAGUUGGAGGUGUUCAAAGGAACUGAAAACGUCCAACCUACGGACGUCUACCCUUGUCCGGAAUGCGGCCGUCUCUAUAAGCUUCGCAGUUCCUUGAGAAACCACAUCAAGUGGGAGUGCGGCAAAGAGCCCCAAUUCAACUGUCCUCACUGUUCCUACAAGGCCAAGCAAAAGAUGCACGUGCGCAGACACAUCGCCAGAUUGCACGAACGCAACGACUAUGACCUUGAAGCCUACGAUUCUCUGCUGGUGCAGAUCCACGAGGAGAAGACACACCUGCGCCACUUGCCUGAGGUCCUACAAGAACCUGACCACCCUGCGUCGUCACAUCCGGCUCGAGUGCGUCAACGUUUACCCAAAAUUUCAGUGCGACAUUUGUUUGCGACUCUUCCGCCACCGGCACUCCAUGCAGCGCCACAAAAUCAAUCACUUACAGCCAUAAUCCUAGCCCCCGAAAGUCGAAUGCGCCAAAUGCGGCAAGUUUUUCAAGAACCACAACAGCUGGAGGGUCCAUUACUACUUAGACUGCGCGAAACAAGUGUCGUUUUCAUGUACGCUCUGCGACAAUGCGGUCUUCAAGCGCAAGUUUACCCUCAAGAAGCACUACAUUGUCAACACGGGGGGGAGUGUGACUCGGUACUCACUCUGUUGUUUCCAGAUGCGAAACGAGCCAAAGUGGCGUGCCCCACCUGCGGCCGCUCGUUCAAAAACCAGAGCACUCUGCGGGCCCACGUGUCGCUCGACUGCGGCAAAAUGAAAACGUUCUCGUGUCCGUUGUGCACGUACGUGUCGAAAAGGAAGUACAACCUGAGGACCCACUACGUCGCCAAGCACGGCAUGGUGCUCAAAAGCAACCCGGCGCUCAACCCGCAGGAAACCAAAAGCUGGCGGGUGCACUUUUACAAUAAGUGCGGCAACGCCGACCAGAGGAGUGUGUGCAAGGUUUGUGGCGCGGAUUUCGAACGGAAGUACAGUCUGCGACGGCACUUGAUCAGGAUUCACAACUGGCCUAAAAGCGAAGCGGACGCCGCUUCGUACUGCAUACCUCGAAAUGAGCAAGUGGUGUGUCACAAGUGCAGCAAAGUGUUCAAGAACCACAACAGCUGGAGGGUGCACUUUCACAACAUCUGCGGCGACAACACGAGCAGCGAGUGCUUCCUGUGCGGCGCGAAAUUCGCCAGGAAGUACGCCCUCAAAAGACACCUAGUGAGGGCGCACAACUACCGCCAAACCGUCAAACUGUGGUAG